CUGAAGUGAAAAUAGCCACGUUUACUCUGCUUUGCUGUUGUUGCUUUCACUUUCCAUUUAUCCUCUGUUUUCAUCAUAUUACAACCUUAUCAUCGCUGAAUUCUUAAAUAAAUUUAAUCACCCAUAUUUAUAAUGGAAUCUGCUAAAGGAUGUUGUCAAGGAGAUCUAAUGUAAACAAAUUUUUUGAGUAACUUAAGUUUAAACCAAUUUAUUCUUCAGAAUAGUAUUUAGUUUCAAGAACUGUGGUUACAAUGUUAGGAUAUCCUGUCAAGUGCUUGAAGUUCAGAUAUAUAUUGAAAACUAACUUUUUGAGAAUUAAUCCGUUGAUAUGGAAACGUUGCAGUUCAUCUAUUACAUCUGAAAUUUUGAAUAAAUUUCAAAAGAAUUUUGAAGCAGAUCCAAAAAAUAUUGUGGUACAAAAUGCAUGUUUUAAAAAUGAUCCUUUGGAGCUAGCUGUUCAACGGAAAAUUGUAGAAACAUCUGCUCAUGUAUUUACUCACAAAAUUGAUGAUACAAAACCUAUUACUAAUCAGAAAAGUUCAGGGAGAUGUUGGCAGUUUGCAACUCUUAAUGUGUUAAGAGCUCCUUUUGUUAAAGAACACCAAUUAGAAGAUUUUGAGUUUAGUCAUAGCUAUAUAUUUCUAUGUGAUAAGAUUGAAAGAUGCAAUUUCACAUUGCACACCAUUGUGGAAAUUCUGAAGAGAGGAGAGCCAAUUGAUGGUAGAUUAAUGUCCUUUAUUUUAGCCGAUCCAAUAGCUGAUGGUGGCCAAUGGCAUAUGGUUGUUAACCUCAUUUCAAAGUAUGGUGUUAUACCCAAGAAAUGCUUUCCAGAGACAUUUUGUUGUGAGACUUCUGCUCGUUUGAAUGGUAUUUUGAAAACUAAGCUUAGAGAAUAUGCUCGAGACCUAACCUUGCUGUAUGAAAAAAAAGCUAGUGAUGAAGAAAUUGAUAAGAAGAUUUUAUCUUGCAUGGAAGCACUCUACAAAGUUAUAGUAAUUUGUCUAGGAUCUCCACCUGAGACAUUUACUUGGGAAUAUUACAACAAAAGUAAAGCUUACAAUGUUAUUGGGCCGAUCACUCCUCUUCAAUUCUAUGAAACCUAUGUCAAGCCAUAUUGUAAUGUUGAAGACAAAAUUUGCUUUGUUAAUGAUCCCAGACCACAAAACCCAUACGAUAGAACAUAUACAGUAGAUUGUUUGGGAAAUAUGGUUGGAGGUCUGAAGACUGUUUAUGUGAACAAAAAAAUUAAGGAAAUUUUAGGCUAUGCUGCUAAGUCCAUCCAAAACAAUGAGCCUGUUUGGUUUGGUUGUGACUUUGGAAAAGUAUAUAACUUGAAAUUAGGUAUCCAAGAUCUUAGAAUUCAUGAUUAUAAUUUGUCAUUUGGUGUAGACUUACAUAAAACAAUGUCCAAGGCUGAAAGACUAAUCUAUGGCGAUACCAUUAUGAAUCAUGCCAUGACCUUCACUGCUGUUUCUUUAGACUCAAAUGGAGAACCUACUAAAUGGAGAGUUGAAAAUUCUUGGGGUGAAGAUAGAGGUGAAAAAGGUUAUCUAAUGAUGACUUCUGAGUGGUUUGAGGAGUUUGGCUUUGAAAUUGUAGUUGACAAGAAAUAUGUGCCAGAAGAAGUUCAAGAAAUUAUGAAAAUGGAGCCUAAAGUUUUACCUGCCUGGGAUCCUAUGGGAAAUCUUGCAUUGUGAAGAUUUUUUUAAAUAUUUAUGCAAUCAUAAUUUUUUUUAUCUUCAAUAAAACUAAAUUAUCUUGAAAUGAAUCACCAUAAGUUCUAAAGUAUUUAUUUCAGUAAGAAAUAGUAUAAUUUUAGAUUUUUAAUUUCAAAUUCUAAUGAUUUAUUCAAACAUUAAAUCAAAUAUUUCAAUCAAGUUUGAUUAAAUAAACCUUUUAAUUGUUUAUUGGUAAAACACUUGUUUAAAUUAAUAUAAUCAUGUGUUUUAAAUGAAUUAUUUUUUCAUUGAAACGAAUAAGAUUAAAAAUGCAUAUAUUUUUACUGAGUAUGAAUUAUAUUCAGGUUUUUAACUUUAUUUCAUGGAAUUCAUUGUUUUGAUGUAAGAAUUCUGUGUUUGUACUUAAAUAAUAUUUGUGGUACUGUAUACAAGGUUUGCUUGUAAUAACGUAAUAAAAUAAAAUUUCUUUAGGAUAAA